UUCUUUAGUCCAUUUAUUUGCAGUUUCAAAUAAGUAACAAAAAUGAACAGUUGUGAAGACAAAGAAAAUUUAAGUGACGAACUUGAUAAAAAUGAAGAAGAAAGUGAAGAAGAAAGUGAGAAAGAUGGCGAAGAAAAAGACAUGGUUGAAAACAAUAUCGUAAAUGAAGACAUCAAAGAAAUCCCUGGCGAAAAAGGACCCAAAAAAGUGGGCCCUCAAAAGCAGAAAAAAUUGAUCCAUACGUUAUUAAAAAAAGCGAAAAUAUACGAAAUUCGCAAGUUGACUCGAAGGAUUGAGACCCUUCGAAAAUUAAAAGGUACGGAGCAGCAAAUAGAGAAAAACAAUCGAAAAGUUGAGAAACUUUUAAAAGAAAUUGAUGCGAUGAAGUCGUUCAUUAUCGAGACGUUAACUGAGCGCACAGUUGAUGUGUUUAAAAACAGCGCCGAGGAGGAGUACAGAGAGAUUUGGCGCGCUUGUGAAGAACAAAAAAAUGUUGAGGCGCUCCUACAAACACUCUCGAGGGCUGAAAACAGCGAUGAGAAAUAUUCCAAAAUGGCGUAUUUAAGAAUGUUGUCAUCAAAAGAUAUUGUUGGGAAGCUAAAACUAAUAUCGCUUGGUGUGAAUAUAAAUCCUAAAAAAGACAAAAACCGGUCGAAAAGGGCUCUAAAAAAGAAUAAAAAGAAUGAGAUAAGUAAGAAAAUUCGCAAACAAAAGAAAAAAGAGCCAACGACGGAAAAUAAAGCCACCGAGCCACACGUAGAAACCAAGUCUGAAGUGACUAGCGAAAAUAAAAGCCAAGCUACAGAUAAAAAGCUCAAAAAUAAAAAGGAAAGCAAAGACAUUUCUAACGAAUCAAAGGGUGGAAGAGGUAAAGAAAAUACAACGGAGAAGACAGUUAGGAAAAAGAAAAGAAAUGUGGACUCUUUUUUUCUUGACGGUGCUGUGACAUUAACUGAUAGUGGCGAUGACAGCGAGGCAGAGGAUAACGAAUUUUCUGCACCUGUAGACGAAAGCAAGGUUAAAACUCACGCUCUCAAAAAGAAUCGCAUGGGACAGAGACAACGUAAAAAGUUAUUAGAAACGAGACUAGGUAAACGACCGAACAGUAACAUCUCAACAAAAGACAGACGUGAUCGAAAUUUUAGCAGGAAACCUCUUUUCUCUAGGCGUAGUAAUUCUGGUGGUUUUAGAAAACAAGAUGUCGAACACAAAACUAGAAGGGUGAAAACUGAAAAGAAAGAUGUGGACAAAACUCUUCACCCGUCUUGGCAAGCUAAACAGAAACAGAAAGCACAGCAACACAUUGUAGCUUUUGCUGGUACCAAAAUCACAUUCGACUAAUUGGCAUAUCGAGAUUUUUAUGAGUUUUAUUUUUCGUUUAUUUCAAACAUAUAUCAAACGUUCAGUCCAGUCAUGUAUUUCAAUCGAAUAAACUGUGAAUUUUGCCAUUCUUUGGCCUUUUUCGUGAACCUUUUAAAAAAUGACAAUUCGCGAAAGUCUACCCUCUGAAUUUUCAAAAUAAAUUUCUGGUUUUAAAAGCUGUUUUACUUUCCAAUUUCCAAAUUUUUCUUUGAUUCAUACACUGGAACUAGACUUAAAUGUAUAUUAGUGGAUUCGUAUAACUGUAUUAAAAUAUUUUUUGACUUAGAAGGUUUUUUCGAAUGAAGUAUUCCCGAUUAUUGAUUCGACCAUGGACUUCUUUGCCAUUUUUCUCGGAUGAGAAUGUUUUAGCACCCGCUAAAAUGUUUAAUCUCAACGCUUUGCUUCCAUCUGCCAUUAAUUCGCGUUGUGCUAAUUUUUGACCCGAGAGUUAAUAAGACGAAUUAAAGAAGAAGGCAAAAUCAAAAAAGAAAAUCGUUCCAGAUUUUAGGUCCAUGGAUGAAUAUUUUGUAAAACGAGGACAAUACGGAGAAUGUCAUCACCUUUUGAGGAGUACUUGUGACCCGCCUAGUUGUUAAGAAAUGUCUGAUUUUUAGUUUUAACUUCAUUUCUUUCUAAAAGUUUGUGAAAACCUCCCUAAAUAUAUGUGUUUUUUU